GAGCUGGGCCGGCGGCCCGGUGCGGCAGGAAGAAAAAAGUUAAGAAAUGUCUACCAAUUUAAAGUACCUUUCCUUGGGCAUCCUGGUUUUACAGACCACAAGUUUAGUCUUGACCAUGCGUUAUUCUCGGACACUGAAAGAAGAAGGACCUCGGUACUUGUCAUCUACUGCAGUAGUUAUUGCUGAACUUCUGAAGAUUUUGGCCUGUGUUCUAUUGGUCUACAAAGACAGCAAGUGCAAUUUACGGACUCUGAACAGAGUGCUACAUGAUGAAAUCCUUAAUAAACCCAUGGAAACUCUUAAACUUGCUAUUCCUUCAGGAAUUUACACUCUUCAGAAUAACUUGCUGUAUGUAGCAUUGUCAAACCUAGAUGCAGCCACUUACCAGGUUACAUAUCAGCUGAAAAUUCUUACCACAGCAUUGUUUUCUGUGUCGAUGUUGAGCAAGAAAUUGGGUGUAUACCAGUGGCUUUCAUUAGUAAUAUUGAUGACAGGAGUGGCAUUUGUGCAGUGGCCUUCAGACUCUCAAGGAACAGCUGCUAAGGAACAUUCAGCAGGAUCUCAGUUUGUAGGCUUGAUCGCAGUUCUUAUAGCAUGCUUUUCUAGUGGAUUUGCUGGGGUUUAUUUUGAGAAAAUUUUAAAGGAAACUAAGCAGUCUGUGUGGAUCAGAAACAUUCAGCUUGGAUUUUUUGGUAGCAUAUUUGGACUGAUGGGUGUAUACAUUUAUGAUGGAGAGCAACUGUCAAAGAAUGGAUUUUUUCAAGGAUACAAUAAACUUACUUGGAUAGUUGUUGUUCUACAGGCACUUGGAGGACUGGUGAUUGCUGCUGUUAUAAAAUAUGCGGACAACAUUUUAAAGGGAUUUGCAACUUCUCUCUCUAUUAUACUGUCAACAUUGAUCUCCUAUUUCUGGCUGCAAGAUUUUGUCCCUACAAGUGUCUUUUUCUUCGGAGCCGUCCUUGUAAUAGCAGCUACUUUCCUAUAUGGUUAUGAUCCCAAACCUGCAGGAAAUCCCAUUAAGGCAUAGCAAACUUCCUCAUCGACCUGCUUCUCAAGAUCAUGCACUGGGGGCCUUGCUAACAAUGGCAUGUGGAAAGUGUCAUUGUGCACUGCAAGGAAAGGAUUACUAUUCUGAAUCUAUUGAAGAAAUGCUUACAAGUAGUUUUGAACAGGCAGAGGGGUUAAAGGUGGAUGAUGAUACUGUCUGUAAUCAAUGAAAAAAAAAAAAAUGGCAGGGGAAUGCCCAGUGCAAGUUGCUAAUAAAAACUUGAAAGGAACAAAAAGUUUCCAAGAAACUGCAAUUAGGAAUGUUUACAGCUUUGCUGGGAUUGCAUCAAAAGAAUUUACUGUAUUGACUGCUGCAGAAAUAUGUCCUAUGCACUCUUUGAAAGAGCACAUGACAACACUGUCAGAUUGUAUGUUUUUGCAAUUUGACUAUAUUUAAUCUUAGUAAAUAUGUUUUUAACUGUUUGUCUAUUUACAUGGAAUCAGUUGAAUACACAUCAUAGUUCUAAAGUGAUGGUUCUAAUUAGGUAUUCCUUAUUAAAGCUGUGAAGAUUGACAUAUGAUUGACACUUUCACAAUAUCAAAUAUUUUUCUAUUUUUAAAGACUGAUUUAAUAACAAAUCUGUUAUUAAAUUAUAGUAUUAUAAUUCUGUUGCUUAUAGAAAACUAUUGUAAGAAUGUUAGCAUUCUCACCUAAGUACACAAAGGGAGAAAUUCAGAGUGAAAUCUCGAAAUCUGUGUUGAUACUCCAGCCUUCAUCAGGAUAGCCUGUAGUGUUCCAACAGAUGCAGUAAUUCUGUGAACACAGGCCAGAAGUUACUGCACUAACUCAGCACUAAGAGUAGGGUUAAGGUGGGGUGCUCACUUGGAUGUAAUGUUCAUUCUUUUUAUUUUUAUUUGUUAUAAAUCAACUUUUUGGUAGAAUCUUAAAAGUAGUUUUUAUGCUUUAAAUAUCCUCUGGGGAUUUUUUUAACCACAAUUUUAAAAAAAAAAAAAGCGCAUAAUAAACAUUUUAAAUGCGUUAUUGUCUACAACAGCUCCAUCUGGUGCUGUUAUGGUAUAUCAUCUAUAUACUGUACUGUUUUUUUAAACAAGUGUUGUUUAUUCAUGAGCUCACCAAGUCUUUUUCAGUACAUUUCUAUGUAAUGACUUAAUUAGAGAUUUUUUUUAAAUUAUUAUUAUUAUUUUGUUCUGGGAGUCUUUGAGCCAACAGACCAAAAUGGGUUCUCUGGAACUAUUCAGUCUAGUAGUGGAAUUAAUUUAAUAGGAGACGUAAUUAAACUAAUUAAUUGUGCAAUAGGUAAAUGUAAAAGCAUGCUGUUCUUCUGUUUUAAACCAAAAAAAAAAAAACCUUUACAAAGAAACCUAGAUGCAAUUAAAACUUAGAUCGGUUAGACUGUUACAAACACUUGUUGAAGUAUUUGCAUAUAGCCAGAAACACCCCCCAAAAGAAUGUCAGACUAAUAAACAAAAAAAAACUCUCUUAAAAAUCACUUGAUUUCUGGAAAUGUAUUCACAGUGGGUAUCAAUGUAGAGUCACUUCUUAUCCACGUUACCUUCUAAAGGUAUGCAUUUAUACCAAAACAUAUCAAUAGUCCCAUAUCUGUAGAAUGGCAAGUGGUAAAAAUAUAUUAUUUCCUUUCCCCUCCACACCCCCCUCUCUCUUUCUCUCUUCUGUCUUGUGCUAAUGAACACAUUGUGAAAAGAGAGGUUUUUUAAAAUGUUUACCAAAGUACCUCAUCCUCUUCUCCACAUUUUAGUGGGGGAUUGACAAGGAGAGUGUGUAAUAGUGCUCUGAGAUUUUUGAAUGAAGUAUCGGAAAUGGAAAAGGAACAAUUCCACUUAUGUCAGCCAAGUAAAAAUUGUGUCUUCCUUCUGUUGGCAGUGACAUGGAUUGUGAACUUUUUGUUUGUUUAUCGUAUCAGAGCAAGACAUUAAAUAAAUUUCAGAGUUAUGCUAAGGGCUUGCUAAGCAUUGUGAACUGUGAAUCUAUCCCAGCAUGCAAUAAUUGCAAGAGCUCUGCUACUUGGUGGUCAAAACUAUCAUGUAUUACCUUAAAUUGGCAUUCUGUGUUGAUAUUAAACCUUCUAUGUAUAGCACUCAAUGUGGCAAAGUCUUUGAAAAAGUACAUUUAGUAAUUUCACCACUGAAGUACAGCAUGAGGUAAGAGUAUGCAUAGAAAAGUGGCUUGAAGCAUUUCUUAUUGUAGAUUGGAAAGUACAUGAUUCUGAAAUUAUCUGAGAAGCGUUGGUAGUAAUAUCCGAAUUGGAGUUUGGCCUACACAAUAAUACGUUUAAUUUCAUGAAUCACGGGAGUGAAAAUGUUCGGAUGAUAUAAUUGGUUACUUCCUUGAGGAAUUUCUCAAGCAGGUUCAGAACGCUUUCAAGCCCAUUGCAGAGGAAGGGACCAAAGAGGCCCAAUAAUCACCACAUUGCUGGAGUUCUCUUACGUAUACCCCAGUUUUAAUACUUUGGGUGUACCUGUCAGUAUUUGUCAGUAAAGAUCAGUUUAAAGGAAAGAACAGGAAUAUGUGCUCUUUGCUGUUGAAUAGGAUGUCAUACGGCUUUGGAAAACAAUGUUUAUCUACUGUACUAAGGAACAGUAACUCCUGUCUGUAGGUUAGUGACUCUUCCGUGCUUUCAAUUGACAGUUCUGUUAAAUUUGCUGCUAGAGGGAUAGAUCUAUCCCUACACUUGUUGCUGUAAAGGAAAUAGGAAUUUGCAUUUUGAGCUGUCUUUCCUUGGCCCUUCAUCAGGCUCAGGAAAUACUCGUCUGAAGUCCUCCAGGUUGAAAAGCAUUAUUCUAGACAGAGGGAAGACAGCAUAAGUUUCUUGCGAACAGAAAGGAUUUGGGGAGGGUUUACUGUUUUCUGUAACCUUUGCAAUCUGAGGGCAUAUGCACAUUUUCUCAUACUUUUGUAUCUGGAUUUUAAAAUUAAAAAAAAAGGGGGGGGGGCAACCAAAACAACCCAGUUUUACGUCUAUAACUCAUUAACUAACCAAAGAAGCAUACCUAGCACAGAGCGUUGGGAAGUAGGGGAUAGUGUGCUUUGAGUUUGCCCCAAAAGCAAUCUAUGGAAGUCUUAACUUUACAAAAAUAAACCUGGCUCUUUGAACUAUUUUUCUGACUUUUAGACAAUGGAUUUGUUAGUAUAGUUUAUAUUUAGGAGGCUAACCUAUACUUAGAAUUAUAUUUAAGUAUUUAUAAAGUUAUAGCUAGGUAUUUAUUUGCGGUAAUUUGAUUUAUUUUAUUUUUUUUUUUUUUUUUUAAAAAAAAAGACCAAACUUGCAUAAUGGGUGUACUAGUAUUUAUUGAAUACUUGGGUAUUUGGUAGUUUUACUUGAGAAUCUUUGUGAUACAUGAUAAACGGUGAAAUAAUAAUUGUAGAACUAUCUUCAAAACAAUAAAUCAGUAGUUCAGUGGUAAAAAAUCUUGAGUCUAAUAAAGUAAGAUAAACUUUUCUUUUAAACAUUCUAUUUCUGUGCCAAAUAACCUUUUUUCUCAAAUAAUUCAGAUAAGUUUAUAGUUCUGUUCAACUACUUUUGUCUUAGACAAAUUAUAAGAAAACUUCCCUUUUUGUUUGUUUUCAUAAUGGGUAGAUUAAUGUUCUAGAUCCAGCUUCUACAAGUUGAUACCUUGGGGUUUUUACUGUAACUUUUUAGAAAUUCUUGUCUUAUUUUUCCUCAGAAAAACUGUGUUACUUUGGUAGCAUAUACUUGCAUUUCAGUUACUCAUACAGUCUUCUCAGAUUUUUAGAAGUACACAAUUGUUCUGUGUUCCUACCUUAUUUUUAUGGCUGUAAUUCAAAAGAUUGUAAUGGAUUUUGUUAAAUUCGUUUAAAAUUGUUAAAUGGAAUGUUGCAUUUCUUCUAGUUUUUGUUGUCAGUAACUUUCAUCUUUUAAUUUAUUUCCUUAUCAGCUGUGCAUGUUCUGUUGUAUUUAAGCAAUCAUCGUUUUCCAAAUUUGAAGUUGCUCAUUUUCUUCCUGUUGACAGCGUUUCUUUCUGGGUAUUGUCAAUGAGGAAAGUUAUUCAUUCUUUUCUUCUCUGAAAAACCCAUUUUGUAAGAAUGAGAUAUUAAAAAACAUUAUGGAUA